AUGGCCAUGCAGACGGAGUGGCUGGUGCCCCUGGCUCAGCCCCGGCAGAAGAAGCGGCGCUGCGAGCUCUGCCUCGGCCCCGCCAACGUCCGCUGCGCCGCUUGCCUGGUCACCUACUACUGUGAUGUGGACCACCAGAACGCCGACUGGGUCAGCGUCCAUGCCAAGAUCUGCCAGCUGCUCAUCCCUCUGCGGGCGGCUCCCCCCUUCUACACCUCGGAGAAGGAGAGGAAACUCGGGGAGGAGCAGAGGCGGAACCGAGAGAUCUUCCUGGCUGACGUGACCUACGAGACGGCUCAGAUGUUCCUCAUCGACGGCCAGUACGAAGACGCCAUCCCAGCCGCCCUGCAUUCCCUCAAAUUCAGCAUCAGCAUCUAUGGCUCCAGUGGGGUGGAGCUGGUCCCCCCCUACCUCAUCUUAGCCGAGACCAGCUUGGGCCUGGCUCAUCUCUCGCAAGCCGAAGAGUACCUGGCCCAAGCCCAGUGGAUCGUCCUCAAGAACCCCCACUGCAGCUACCACGUUCAGUCCAAGCUGUAUCGCAACCUGGGGCUCCUGCACGCCGCCAAAGGGAACCUGGAGGAGGCUCUGUACCACCUGGCCAACGACGUCUACUUUGCGUGUUGCGCUUUUGGGACGACGCGCCACGUGUCCGUCUCGGGAGGGUUCUUCCACAUGGCCAACAUCUUCUCCCACAAGAACAAGAUGGACAUCGUGGAUUCCUUGUAUUGUGAGGUGGUGGAUCUCUGGUACGAUCACUUCAGCCACUUUGUUGAAAUCCAGUACCAAAAACUCAUCACUCCCGCGGAGGUUGACCUGCUGUCGGUGGAGGAUGGGGCGGAGGAGGACGUACUGGAUGAGAAGCAACGGGCCGAAGCGAUGCAGAUGCUGAAGUCCAUCUUGGCCUUCCGAGAAGCGUCUCUCAGGCAGCAGCCAGAGAAGGAGGCCAAACUGCUGCACGCCUUGGCCAUGUUUCAUUUCUUGGUCCACGAUCUGAAAAAGGCAGAGGGAUUUGUGAUGAGAUGCCUGCAAACCGCACAGUCCCUGCCCGAACGCCAGCCGGACGAGUCGCUCUACCACCUGGUCAAGCUGCUCCAAUCCAAAGAGGAGCAGGCCCCCUCCAGGUCGGCCAACUAGACUAAAGAGAAACCUAACAUAUCAUCAGUGCAACGGGUUCUGCUACUACAGUGCAGGUGGGAUACUCUAUAUAUAUAUAUAAAAAAAUAAGUUUAUCGCAGUCAAAUGCAGCUUUUAGCGAUGGCUGGAGAAACUAGAACUAUUCAAGAAUACAGUAUUUGCAGGGAACAAUGCUUGUAACUUAGUGCACUGUCCACAUGAAACAGGAACCCAAAAAAAAUAUACAUACAUAAUAAUAUAAAUAUUUUCCAGUCUAGGAAAGCUAGGAAAAUGGGUGCAGCUACUCUCAUUUUUUUUGGGGGGGGGAGAAGGGGGUGUUGAGCAAGUCCAGUUGCCGAAGACACAAUAGAACUGCGUCUUCCGGACCUCUUUUGCAAGGGGUUGGGGGUGCAAGGAGGUUAAUGGGGAGCCGGAAAAGGGUAUUGGGCAGGGUGGGGGCUGUUUGUGUGUGUCAUUCUUCCCCCGGGGUACGACUUCGGGAGUUGUUUGUUAGCUUUUGGAGGUGGGGGGGAAUUACGUCAAUUUCCUGGGCAGAGAGAAGGUUGGGGCCGUCUUCGGCCAAGCUGGGGAAACGUUCUUGUUUUGAACCCAGGACCACACGCCCUGCACCCGGCCGAUUCUGAAGUCAGACCAACCUCACCCUGGACAGGAAUCCGAGGGAAAGUAUUUCUGAAAAAGGAAGAAUUUAUCUCUCUCUCUGCCAACUCACGAAGCUUUCCAGACAUCCCCCCACCCUCUCUCUCCCUCCCCAUCCAGGGAAGGGCAAGCACCUACAGCAAGGGCGGCCCAGGUGUGGGGGGUCCCUCAGGGUGUCCUUCAUUCCCUCUCAUCGCUCACCCCAAAAGUUAACAGCCUGCAGUUGUCGCCCCCCCAAACCGUUAAGCCCAGCCCCCCUCUGCCAAAGGUGCCUCGGGGUGGAUCCCCUUCCCGAACCGUCUCAGUUCUUUCAUCCCCUCCCCUUGGACCACCGAGCCCACCAUCCCCCGGGCUCUGGAGGAUGACCAGGAGGGCCCCUGGGGCAGAAGGGAGGGGUAACCCAGAACUUUUCUUCCUGCCGAUCUUCUGUUGACUUUUGGUAAAUAAAAGCUGGGCAGAAGAA